AUGGACCUUCCACUUCCGAAAAAUGCAUUUACCGUGGAAGAAGGAAUAGGACGAUUGGUAUUGGAUUCAGGGAAGAGUCAAUACGUUUCAAAUCCCUUUUGGGCAGAAUUAUCUCAGGAGAUAGCCGAGCUUCGCGCCAUGUUCGAUGAGGACGAAGAGGAUAGCGAUGGAGAUUCCCCGAUUCCAGCACCAUCUUCCAUUACCCAACCAGAUCAUCAGAGCUUUGUGAUGGGUUAUAGCUCUGCAGAUGUCGAUAUGAAGGCUUUGCAUCCUUUACCUUCUCAAAUACCUUUCUACUGGUCAACAUUUCUGGAAAACGUGAUGCCACUGGUUAAGCUUCUCCAUGUGCCUACGAUGGGGAAGAUCAUUAAGGAGGUUCAACAUAAUUUAGAUACUAUCAGCAGGAGCACAGAAGCUUUGAUGUUCUCUAUAUACUUUGCAACUAUCACAUCUAUGUCAGAUGAAGAGGUGGCUAUAAAUUUCGGGGUUGAGAAAGAGACUUUGAUUAGAAAGUAUCGAUUUGGCACUGAGCAAGCCCUUGCCAGGGCAAGUUUCCUCAGUACAAACGAAAUCAUGACUGUGCAAGCAUUCGUACUAUUCUUGACUUGCGUUCGCAGACAUGACGAUACUCGAUUUGCAUGGUCAUUAACUGGACUUGUCAUGAGGAUCGGUCAAUCGCUUGGCUUACAUCGUGAUGGAGAGAAGUUUGGAUUAUCCCCCUAUGAUACGGAAAUGCGGAGACGACUCUGGUGGCAAAUAUGUGUUCUAGACGUAAGGGCAUCCGAGGACCAUGGCUCUGACCCUUCAAUAUAUGAUCAUACAUUCGAUACCAAAUUUCCACUUUCGGUAAAUGAUGCAGACUUAGAUCCUGAUGCAAAAGAACCGCCACAACCUCGAGAAGGAGUCUCAGAGAUGACAUUCGUUCUUAUUAGAUUCGAAAUAUGUGCUUUGUCGAAACGCCUUCAAUACACCCCUCCAGGUCGUGGUCCUUGUCCUUCAGGAAAUGCAAAAAGCCUCACACUUGAACAGAAAGAACAGUUGAUCAAGGCAACCUCUGUUCGACUAGAGGAAAAAUAUCUCAAAUACUGUGAAAAUGCGGGUCCUCUGUAUUGGGUAGCGGGCACAGUAGCACGUCUCAUCUUUGCAAAGAUGUCAUUAAUAAUCUAUCACCCCUUGAUCCAGCCGGGUAAGCCCCAGUGCUUAUCUCCGCAUACUAAGGAUCGUCUUCUCACGUCGUCUAUCGAAAUCAUUGAGUACUCGAGAAUAUUAGAAACCGAAGCCAGUACUAAGAAAUGGGGUUGGCUAUUCCGCACUUAUGUACAAUGGCACGCGAUUGCCUUCAUUCUUGGUGAACUUUCCGUCCGGAGAAAUUCCCCGCUUGUGGAGCGAGCCUGGCAAGCAAUUGACAGUGCAUUUGAUGACUGGAGCGACGCUGUCGGCAGCAGCAAACGCGGCAUGUUUUGGCAACCCAUGCGAAAGCUCAUGGCAAGAGCUCGUAGAAAGCGAGAAGAGAACAUGACUUCGAUGGAAGAAGAAACUGAUAAAGAUCACUGGGAAGGAGCCCCUGACGAAUGUAUUGCCGCCUUACGCAGAACUCAAGCGCUCCUAGAUGGCGAGGCCGAAUCACCACCAGUAGAAGCGGAACAAUCUCAAAAUUACCUAGACCGAGAACAAAGCCAUAGCAAUAAUUUCGACACCAAUGUUUCUCCCCAGGUAGUGGGUAUGGGUAUGCUAGCUCCCGAGCAGGUACAACUUCAACUCCAGAUGCAACAACAACAGCAGCAAUUACAAGGCCAAAAUCAAAUACCUUGGAUAAUGGAUGAUAAUGCAUUAUUGGAUCUUGAUAUGAGUGCCCUUAAUGGUGAUGAUGUUACUUGGACAGGUUGGGACGAUUUGGCUAGAGAUUUCCAAAUUCAGACGGGUCAACAAGUACCGGAUGCAAAUGCCUUGGGAGGUGCGGGAAAUUGGUGGUAA